CCCCGCCCCCUCUUUGAUAGAAAACUCUUUGAUGUAGCCUGGCUGUUAACAAGCUUGACCCAGAAGCCAGGGAAGGAGGGGAGAGAGGAGACAAAACACACGCGAAACGGAAUAGUACGGGGGGUUCCAAGGGCGUUGUGAAGAUAAGCCCUCUGUUUCUGGGCUUGAGCCAUGACUCGGCUUCUACCAAUGAACAACUAGAGCUUCACCUCUGGCCUUGGUGUGAUCUCUCACCUCUUCUGUCAAAUCACGCCCACAGGUGAAGUGUGUAUGGAGCAGUGUGAGAGCGCAGCAGCUCUGCUGGAGUCGGUCAGGGAGCAGGAGGUGCAGUUUGAACAGCUGACCAGGGCGUUGGAAGAGGAGAGGAGGAGAGUGGGUCUCUCUGCCACCAGCCCUUCGGCGCUGGGUUGCCCGCUCCCUCACACACAGAACGGGUGUUUCGGGGAUGUGGACAUCGAACGACUGAAAUUAACAGACUCCUACAUAAACGGCACACAGUACAGAAUGGUGGACCCAGUGCACGGCGCUCUCGAUGAGAGCUACACACCAGAGGACGACGCUCAUGAGGCACACUCUGUGUUUUCGGAAGAAGGAACCACACGCCGGCUCGAUAACGGGAUGAAGAAACCCAUCUCGCGCACAGUCCUGCCGAAUGACUCCAUGUCAAUCAAUGGCAGCAUGUCUGUGUCUGGUAUGAGCGGCUACAGUGCCACACUGGACCGUCCAUACAGACAGGUCGGAGGAGACUACCCUACUGCCACGGUGCCCAGAAACUACCACUACGGACCUGUGGGAGUUUAUGAUGACUACAGGGGAGGACCGCCGUCAGAGGCAUACACAAGUUUGAGCAGAGGCUCGCACAUGGAUGACCGCUACAGGCCGGUUGAUGGCUACAGAACUUUGGAUUCUGGUUAUCGGGCCCCAAGCCGCCAGCAGAUGGACCCCUAUGCAGCACAGCCCCAGGUGGGCAGGGGAAUGAGGGCCAUGGGCUCAGCAAUAGACAUGCGAUACGGCCACGGACACUAUGGUUUGGAAGAUGACCAGCGGAGUGUGUGCUAUGACGAGUACGGCAUGGGGCCUCCGCCCAUGCACCCCGGAGGUUACGGCACCAUGCCACGGCUAGGCCCUGGCCCUGGCCCUGGUGGUAUGGAUAGACGAAGACUCAGGAGUUGUGAAGAUACUCUGGAUGGUGAUAUGGGAGGAGUUGAUUCAUAUGCCUGGGGUGUUCCCAUGAGUCUGGAGCGAGGAAGCAUGGCUUCUUUAGACAGCACACUGAGGAAAGGCCCUCCCUCCUCAUGGAGACAACCAGAGCUGCCAGAGGUGAUCGCCAUGCUGAACUACCGCCUGGAUCCUGUCAAAACCAAUGCAGCGGCCUUCCUCCAGCAUCUCACAUUCAAAAAUGACAAGGUUAAGUCGGAGGUGCGACGUCUGAAGGGUAUCCCGGCCUUAGUGUCAAUGCUGGACCACCCCAGCAAAGAUGUGCACCACUCGGCCUGUGGAGCGCUGAAGAAUAUUUCAUAUGGACGUGACCCAGACAACAAGAUCGCAAUCAAGAACUGUGAUGGCGUGCCAGCGCUGAUCCGAUUAUUGAGGAAGACUCACGAUCAGGACCUAACUGACACCAUCACAGGCACAAUGUGGAACCUCUCAUCCCACGACUCUGUGAAGAUGGAGAUAGUGGACCACGCCCUGCACGCUCUGGCAGACGAGGUGAUAGUGCCCCACUCAGGUUGGGAGCGAGGGUGCAACGGCGGAGAGGAAAGCUGCAAACCACGACAUCUGGAGUGGCAGACCGCCUUGACCAACACCGCUGGCUGCCUGCGAAAUGUGAGUUCGGAGCGCAGCGAGGCACGACGGAAGCUAAGGGAGUGCACAGGAUUGGUGGAUUCGCUGAUGUAUGUCGUGCAGUCACAGAUCAACCGCAAAGAUGUGGACAAUAAGUUAGUAGAGAACUGCAUGUGCCUCCUAAGGAAUCUGUCCUAUCAGGUCCAUCGCGAGGUGCCCAGCUGUGAACGCUAUGCAGAAACCACGCCCGUCAACCAUGGCCCUGCACCAGGCUCGAACAAGGGGGGCUGCUUUGGCUCCCGAAAGGGGAAAGAUGAGUGGUUUUCCAAAGGAAAGAAAGAUGGAGAUGAUGGAAGUGCAGAUCAAGUUGACAUUCCAAAGAGAACAAUACCUGCCAAAGGUUACGAGCUGUUGUUUCAGCCUGAGGUGGUUCGAAUUUACACGUCGUUGCUCAGAGAGAGCAAGAACCCUUCGGUGCUGGAAGCCGCUGCCGGGGCCAUCCAGAACCUGUGUGCAGGGCGGUGGACUUACGGCCGUUACAUCCGGGCCACUGUGCGUCUGGAGAAGGGUCUUCCCAUGAUGGCUGAGCUGCUGGCUCACGGCAACGACCGUGUUGUGCGGGCCAUGUCUGGAGCUUUGAGGAACCUCGCCAUCGACAACAGGAACUGCGAACUUCUUGGUUUACAUGCAGUGCCCCACCUUGUGGCCAACCUACCUGGUGGCCAGAACCUGUCGGGGCGCGCCCUGUCGGAGGAGACGGUGGUGUCUGUGCUGAGCACACUCACAGAGGUGCUCGGCAACAGUUUGGAAGCAGCUAAGACCCUUCGAGCCUCGCAAGGCAUAGAGAGGCUUGUUCUCAUUAACAAAGAUGGCAAGCGGUCUGACCGUGAGGUUCGAGGGGCAGGCCAGGUGCUGCAGCUCGUGUGGGCCCACAAGGAUCUUCGUCGGCCUCUUGAGAAAGAUGGCUGGAAGAAAAGUGACUUCCAGGUCAACCUAAACCCCGCCCUCGCCAACGGCCCGAACACUCGAUCCAAUGGCACAUACGGGGACACUACCACACCACUGCUGGACAGAGGGGAAAAGCGAAACAUGAUCCCACUAAAUGACCUCGGCUCCGAGGCUUACUCGACACUGGACCAGAGGGAGAGGAGACACACCCUCGACGACACCACAGACACUUUACCGAGAGGGGUAUAUGGGGGAAGAAAGGGCUCCCUGCCUCUGUUGGACUCCUAUGAUGGUUAGCCCAUCCCCCUACCUCCCUCUGCAUGUAACAGCAUGAAAAACUGAUCGUGUGCAUCACCCAGACUGGGCCAUCCCUGCCUGACCACUGCUACUGAGAAGGGAGGGUGGGAGGUUAUUUUCUGUCGUCUUCUCCCCCUUCUCCUGCCGGACCAAUUGGAUCGCGAGACGACUGUUUGGCAUCCAAAGAACAUAUUUUUUUGUGUUGCAGGCAAACAUGUUGCAGCUUCAACACAUACAAACCUGUGCCCCCCCCCCCUCUUUUUAUGAUUAUCAAUUUACCAUAGCAACAAAAUUCUCGUUUGUGUUAAGUUAUGAAUUUCUAAAGGCAAUCAUCUUUGUUGACAAUCAUUUGAUUCCUGUGUUGUCCUGCUUUUGUAUGUUUGCUAUUAUCAAUGUUGUCGUCAGUUAUUUUGCUGCCAAUGCCUGCAUCCUAACACAAGGGGCUUGUGUGUAGACUUCAGUGUAGGUUAUAUACUGUACAUAUACAGAGAAAAUUAGAUAACUAACUGCAUACAUUUUGGCUGGUUUAUUUAAAUGGUUCCUUCACGGGGAUCGCUGGGAGAUCGGGGCGUGGCCGUCGAACCUGAUGAGUCGCCGCUGUUGUUUGAACCGGAGUUGUUUUGUCUAGAAGGACUUUCUCUCGUUGCGAUGGGAAUGUGUGUAGACGAGAGCAGGUGUGUGUUUAUUCCGAAUACACCAAAAUGUGUGCGUAUCUGAUUGUGCAUUUGGAAGGGGAAAAAUGCUGAUGGACCUUUUUUUUUUUGUUUCCCCAAGUGUGUUUUUGUCAGGCCUGACCCAGGACAAUACAUUUGCUCAUUUGUUCUUGAGUCAGUUUAGAUAUCUUGUUCUCCUUUUCCAAUUUUUUUCUUGAGUUUGUUGUGCAUUACCAGUUUUAUUUUCUCCUGAAAUGGAAGAAAAUCCAAGUACCUGUCUGCUUUUAAUCCCAAAUUUGGCUGAAUAAUUGUGGUACAUGAAACUAGCAUUUGCGUCGUUAAACCACUAAGACUUACCGGUAAUCAUUUAUUCUCAACUCUGCGUUUCAAGAUUCAAUUUCAUAAUUCAUUGACAGAGUUUUUGUAUCUGACCUGGAGUCACUCGCACAUGUUUGGUGGUUUACCUCCAAAUAAAUAAAUAAAUAUGCGAAGUGUAUUUGCUUAGAAGAGACUCAAGUCUGUACAGUCUGAGUUGCAUUUUAAUUUAGGUGGAUGCGAUGCAUAUUUUCUUUGUGAUCCAUUUUUCUGUUGUGUAUUCCCACUAUUCUGUCUGUCUGAUUCACCCACUCUUUUUGCAGUGGGUGGGUGAGAUCCAUAUGCAAUUUGUUUUACAGCGUUGUUGAAUCGAAACCACUCUUCCCCCUCCCAAAUUUCACCCAGUUCUCCACAGACACUAUAUUUGUUAUGUUGCCUAUCCAUGUAAAAUUAUUACAUAACAUUCAUACCUGCCUUGGCUCUGACAAGUUGCUUUUUUUUUCAAUAAAGUAUGUAACUGGUUAUUCUGAUGUUUUGAUAAAUAAAGAUCGUUUCUUAGACAGCA